ACAAUUGAUAAUUAUUCUAUACAGAAAAUGAAGCUUUAUUAGUAUGGUUGAACAUUGAUAAUUGAUACAGCUCAAAUUCAAAGUCAAUUUAACAACAGUCAAUUUAAAGACAAUUGCUAUAAAAACACAGACUCAGUAAACGUGUAGUUUUACAGAAUUGCUCUCUGUUUCAUGAUUCUAUUAAAUUAACGUCACAUCGAAAUGGACCAAUGGCGAGAGCGCAUUCAGACUACGGUGUCCUGCCAGCCCAAAACACAUGUAAACACUUACAAAACCACUUUCUGUGAGAUUUCUGUACAUUUGCAAAGUCCUGCCGCAUCAACAACAAAGUCCCGGGCUGUAUUUCAGAUGAUAUGAAGGUUUUAAUCGGAGGUGGUUCUGGCUUCGUGGGUCGGGAGCUGACUCAUCUGCUUAAAAACAAAGGUCAUGAAGUUACUGUGAUCUCCCGUCAGCCCGGACCCGGCAAGAUUACAUGGAAAGAGCUGGAGUCCAGUGGACUUCCUGCUUGUGAUGGGGCUGUGAAUUUGGCUGGAGAGAACAUCAUAAACCCACUUCGAUGGUGGAAUGACAGUUAUAAGAAGGACCUGUUCUCCAGUCGGAUUGACACGACCAAAGCUCUGUCCAGCGCCAUCGCGUCCUCCACCAGCCCCCCGCACUCAUGGGUUCUAGUGUCUGGAGUUGCCUGUUACCAGCCCAGUCUCACAGCUCAGUACACAGAGGAGAGCGAGUGGACGCCGUUUGACCUUUUGUCUAAACUGGUGAGGGAGUGGGAGGCAGCGGCUGAGCUACCUGAAAACGUUGCCAAGACGACCAGACAGGUGGUGAUCAGACCUGGUGCAGUUCUGGGUCGAGACGGCGGUGCCAUUAAACAAAUGUGGCUGCCCUUUUGGCUCGGACUGGGUGGGACUCUGGGCUCGGGCCGGCAGCCGUUUCCAUGGAUACACGUCGCAGAUUUGGCGGGAAUCAUCGCUCACUUUCUGGAAACACCCUUGGAAGCCCCACCCGCCUCUUCACCUCAGGUGUACAAUGGUGUUGCCCCCUCUCUCAACACGAAUUAUGAGUUUACGAAAGAGUUUGGGAGGAUUUUAAAGAGGCCGACUAUCUUCCCCGUGCCUGGUUUUGUGAUGAAUGCUACCCUAGGAUCUGAACGGGCUAUUAUUUUAACCCAGGGUCAAAAGGUCAUCCCUAAAAGGACUCUAGAGGCAGGAUAUCAGUACAAGUAUCCAGAUUUGAGUUCAGCGCUGAAAGAAAUUGUGGGUUAGUUCAUUUAUUUGUACGAGGAAGAUAUUGAUAUUUUACAGUGACGUCACACUGGGGGUGUAUGUACAUGCUAUUGGAAAAAUGAGAAAUUCAAAGUUUAUUUGGUCAAAUACGUUUCGCAGCUCAUCCAGGCUGCUUCUACAGUUCUGGUCAAAAUGCUGGUAGACACUGCUUUAUAUCUGCCAGCAGGGAGGAGCUAACUACAAUGAAAUUUCUCUGAAACUAACACACCUAGUUGUUUACAGUUUCUGUUAGUUAGUUAGGCCUAUUGAACUUGCACUGAGUGUGGGGUCUUAUUAGCGUAAUCAUUCAUGGCCAUAAUGGAGCUUUCACACCUCUGGACAUGACCUGGCUAUCCCUGUUGUUCUCUUGUUUGUUUUGAUUUAGCUUUGAGGAUGGAGUUCUAAAUAGGAGACAGAUGAUGUCUGAGUUCUCCAUUUCUGUUUAAAGAAAAAUUCUCUUUCUUAACAAAAAUAACUUUAACUUCCCUCUCAAACCAGUUCUUUGGUGUAUGAUAAUGCUAAUAAUACCCCACAUUCAGUGCAAUUCAAUAGGCCUAGCUAACUAACAGAAACUGUAAACAAGUAGGUGUGUUAGUUUCAGUUUCAGAGCUGCAAGGUAUCAAUAAGCGCACCUAUUGGCCAUGUAUAAUUCUAUCCUUGGGUUUGAAAAAUUUAAAUAUGCACCGCUGCCAUAGCUAUUAACAAUUCAAAAUUUAAAAUGAUAUAUUUUGAACGGUUAUAAGUCCUCAAAAUCAUCUUGUGCAUUAUUCUGAUCCUUAUUUAUAUAAAUCUGUCAUAAACUGUAAACUAUGAAAUACAGUUUGGAGUGUUUUUAGUCAUACACAUAAAAACCCAAUGUACAUUCAACUUUUAUUAGUAAAUUGCCCAAUUCACAUCUAAUCAUGCUGUUUGAGUUAUAAAAUGUAAAUAAAAU